AUGAUCCUCGGACCGGUGUCGUUGCUCGACUGCCUGGCCUUUGUUGUCUUCCUCGCGCCGCAGCUCCUUCUCCAUGUUGGCUUCUUCCGGACACUGGCCGUCGCCAUCAAGACGUUGCCGUUUCUGACAUUUGAGCUGCCGACCUCGCUGCUCCACGAACGCUAUAUCCUUCAUUAUAACCAGCGUUCGCCAUUUGUGCAGCGGGCGACCUUGUUCGAGGACGUCGUCAUACGAUGCGUGCGGUAUGCUUUUGCGAAUUUGCCCCCCCAUAUCGGCCGCGUCUUUCUCUCCAAGAACGUUUCGCGGCCAUUUCUGAGGUUUCGCAUGCUGCGGCACGGUUACCUCAGCUCGCCCGCCCACUGGAGCGAGUAUAGGCAACAUCCUCCACCUCAGCGUGUUACGAUCGGUGGCUUAGUCUUUCGGCAGGGUGAACACGGGUUCCAAGGAGUCUGGGUCACCAAGGAUGCAUCGAAGCCUCCUGACGUCGUCAUCUACUACGCCCACGGAGGCGGGUUCUCUAUGGGAUCCGCGUACUUUUACCUCGAGUUCCUCCUGUCGUGGCACGCGCUGCUGGUGCAGUCAGGCUACCAGAAUCCUGCCAUAUUCGCCCUCGAGUACACGCUUGUGCCCGACAAGAUGUACCCGACACAGAUGUAUGAGACGUUGAGGGGGUACAAGCACGUCCUCGACAGAGCCGGAGAUCCUCGGAAAGUGGUGGUGGCCGGGGACUCGGCUGGAGGAACAUUGAUUUUGACGCUCUUGCUGGAACUUGGUCACAUGAACGAGGCCAGGGCUUUCAAGGAAAAGAGCGACGAUGCCGCCGUAUCUGAAAGCGAGAGCCAGGAGCAACUCCGCAAGGCUUCCGAGUCGCCGCUCCCUGGGCUCUGUGUGUUGAUCUCGCCCUGGUCCAAGUUAAUCUCGAACAGACAUGAGAAUUCGGCCAGCGAUUUCCUGGAUCGCGACACGCUGUGGAAGUACGCGUUGCAGUAUGCCGGGACCUCGCAUGCCUACGAUAAGUCAGCGUCGCCUGGGCAAUGCGUCGAUCAUCGGGUAUGGGCGGAGGCUAGCCCGCCGUGUGGCUUCUUCGUCGCGUACGGAUCCGAGGAAGUGUUCGCCCCCGACAUCAAAGACCUCAUCAAGGUGCUGGUGAAGAGUAGCGAAGUGGACAGCCGCUGCGAGGAGGGCGGCAUUCACGCCUGGCCCGUGGUCGACUUGUUCUUGUCAGGCAACGAGAAAAAGAGGCUGAAUGGUCUGCGGACACUCACGUCAGCGAUCAGAAAACACAUACAGUAG